UCUAACGAUCCAACAUCGGCUGAUCUCAGAAUGAGUGGAAGAGGCAAGGGCGGCAAAGGACUCGGUAAAGGGGGCGCUAAGCGUCACCGUAAAGUUCUCCGUGAUAACAUCCAGGGCAUCACCAAGCCCGCCAUCCGCCGUCUGGCUCGCCGCGGCGGAGUGAAGCGUAUCUCCGGUCUGAUCUACGAGGAGACCCGCGGUGUGCUCAAGGUCUUCCUGGAGAACGUGAUCCGCGAUGCCGUCACCUACACCGAGCACGCCAAGAGGAAGACCGUGACCGCCAUGGAUGUGGUCUACGCUCUGAAGAGGCAGGGCCGCACCCUGUAUGGCUUCGGAGGUUAAACCUGAUCCGAAGAAACUACAACAACACAACGGCUCUUUUAAGAGCCACCCACUUCAUCUAAAGCUCCUUUUCCUAUUGUCAUAAUGACAAAAUUAUUUCACAGUAGCCUAGGCAUAUUAUAAAAUAUGUGCCAGUAUGAUACAUGCUAUACUGUAUAUUUUUACACCGUAGUUGGUGCCAAAAGUGCAUGUAGUCCAUGGUUCAGUAUAAAGUGCUGGUCUAUAGCUGUGUAGCCUACAGCACCUGAAAGCUGGGAACCUGAAACUUAAUGUGGGAUGCAGCUCAGUGUCAAGUCACCAGUCAGUAAAAAACAUUGUUUUGGUAAGGUGCAGAUUAAAAUGUUAAAAGUGUACAACAGUUUAGGACAUUACGUAAAUGUGUGAUUGAUCUUCCUAGCAAAUGUGGGCGUUGAUCCCGGAUUAGGUGCUAAAUGAACCCAUUUUGUGGCACAUUAGUACACUGAGACUUUGAGGAACACCAUAGAAAACCAAAUAGAAAAGUUCUCUGUCAUGUGCACAACAAUACUGACAACCUAUUUUGUUGGCAAUGAAAAUGUUAAGUCUCAGGCAUCUCCAACAAUGCUCAAUAUCUAACUGUAUAGGAAACUUCUUCAAAAUCUUUAAGACAACAGAAUAAUGUACUGCAAAUUAAGAUACAGGACUAAAUAUUAACAAAUUAAAUACAAAAAAGGGAAAUUACAUAAUAAAUAUAUUUGUGUAUUUAUUAGAUGAUUGAAGAAGUGUAUAUAUGCAUGAUGAGAAGCAUGAGGAGUUCAAUGGCCUGUGGGAUGAAGCGGUGCCUGAGCCUGGAGGUGCAGUUCCUAAUAGAUUCAUGUGGAUUAAAUG